AUGAGAGGCAAACGUAUGCAUAAAGGAAGAACUCGAAGAUUUACUGCACCAGAAGAAAUUGACCGUCAACUUGAAUUAUCUAAAGGAGAAGCUCAAUCAUCUUUACGUAAAACAAUUCAUGAGAAAAAUAUUGAAGAGACGACUGAAACUGAAACCGAUGACGAUGAUGAUGAGGAGGAGGAAGAUGACGACGACGAUGAUGAUGACAAUUCAAAUGAACGUCAUAAAGGUGUUAGUCAUUUAAUUGAAGUUUGUAAUCCGAAUCAUGUGAAAUCUUCGAAAACUGUUAUUCCUUCACGAAAAGAAAUUGCUGCAUCUGUAAAAGCUACCACGGAUCCAAUUAAACUAUUGUCAGAAACUGAACUAGCCGCUAACAUAGCACGUCUUCAAUUAGUACGUAAAGAACGUGAAUUAGCCGCUAAAAAACUUGAACAAGAAAAACAAGCUCGUGAAGCUCAACGUGCAGCGUGCGCUGCUGCUACAGCUAAACGUACAUCACACAGUAAACCACAACAAAAGGCAGCUGGCGGUGGCGGUCGUAAUGUUAAACAGCAACCACAACAACAACAUGCGAACAGUAAUAAACAUCAUCAACACAACAGUAAUACAAAGACAUCAUCGGUUGAUGAUGAUGAUAACUAA